AUGGAGAUUGAUCCAAUUGGUCGGCCCUGGUGGAAGGGUGUAAUGUGCUACCAGGUCUGGCCAAUGUCCUUCAAAGACAGCAAUGGUGACGGCAUUGGCGACAUCAAAGGUAUCAUUUCGAAGCUCGACUACCUGAAGGAUCUUGGUAUCGACUGUAUCUGGGUCUCACCCACCUACAAGUCUCCCAUGAAGGACUGGGGCUACGACAUCUCAGAUUACGAAGACAUUCUGGAUCAAUUUGGGACGCUUCAGGAUAUGGAGAACCUCAUUGAACAGGUUCACGCUCGUGGUAUGAGAAUCCUCAUGGAUCUGGUUAUCACUCAUACAAGCGACAAGCACCAAUGGUUUCUGGAGAGUCGCAAAUCGAAAGACAAUCCAAAGGCAGACUGGUAUAUGUGGGGAGACAAACGCCCAGACCACAUGAUUGGUGAGCACAAAAUCGAAGAACCGUCCAACUGGAGAGCAGCAUUCGGUGGCAGUGCUUGGACCUGGAUUCCCGAGCGCGAGCAGUAUUACAUCCAUCUCUUCCUUGAAUCCCAACCAGAUUUGAACUGGGAUAAUGCAGACAUGCGAGCGGCUGUGUACGACUCGGCGAUUAAGUUCUGGUUGGACCGUGGCGUCGACGGUUUCCGCUUGGACACUGCGAAUCGAUUCUGCAAAGAUCUUUCCUACCCGGACAUCGAUCCGCCUGUCGUUCCAGGGAGAUGGCAGCCAGGCAGCAAGCAUUACAUUAACGGCCCCAAGAUGCACCCAUGGCUGAAAGAGAUUCGCGAAAAGAUCGAUCGAGAUGCUCCAGGCAAGGACAUCAUGAUCGUUGGUGAGCUGCCUCUCACACCAUAUGAGGAGCUGCUGCGAUACGUGAGACCAGAGGAGAAAGAGUUGAGCAUGGUAUUCGACUUCGACAUGGUCAAGCUUGGGAAUAACGACAAUCCUGAUGAGUACGCCAAGCAUGAAGUCUGCAACUAUAUGGACGAUGAUCCAAGCUAUACGCUACCAGGAUUCAAGACAGCCAUUGCCAAGGUGCAGAACCUCAUCACAGAUACCAAUGCGUGGGGCACUGUCUUUAUGGAAAACCACGACCAGCCUCGCAGCAUUGCCCGCUACGCAACACCUGAGUCUAGGCAUUGGCGUGAAGCCGGCAAGCUUCUCUGUCUCCUUCAGACCACGCUGUCAGGCACUGAGUUUCUCUAUCAAGGCCAAGAGAUAGGCAUGCUGAAUAUGCCAAUCAGUUGGGGCUCCUCCGAGUUCAAAGAUCCUGACGCUCACAUCUACAUCGGAGACUAUGUCGAGCUUAAUCGUGAGAAGGAUCCUUUCGCUCACGACAAUGCCAUCAGGGGCGUCUUCAAGGUCGGCAGAGACAACUCUCGCACGCCUGUGCAGUGGAGCAACGAAGCGAAUGCUGGCUUCACAGGCAGCAACCCACCUUGGAUGAAAGUCAACGACAACUACGACUGGCUGAACGUCGAAGCCCAGAAGAAGGACCCGAACAGCAUUUGGCUCUUCUGGAAAGACAGAAUCGCCAUGCGCAAGCACUAUCGGGAGCUCUUCAUGUUCGGUACCUUCGCCACCUACGACUACGAGAACACCCACACCUUCACCUACACCAAGAUGGCUGAAGAUGGACAGACUGCACUCGUGAUCCUGAAUUUCUCAAACGAUGAGCUUCCACUAAACACAGUCCAGCGCCAUCUUCUCGGCCACACGUACCGCCUCAUCGCAAGCAAUGUCUCAGAGCCUGGCUAUAAGCUUCGACCUUGGGAAGGAAGAUGGGAGAAGCUCGGGUCGGUCGAGUAG